CUGUUCUCUUGAAGGCAACGACGGGAGUCAGCUGAGGCUUUGACCUCCCAACCUCAGACUGCAGGCAGCGAGAGGAGUGGCCCUCCUGAAUGCUUCUAGGCCACACCGGCUGCGUUGCCCGACACAAUGAACUUGUGCCUUCACAACUGAGUUUGCAGGGUGUGGACUUCUGUCUCAUUCAAAUGCAUACAAUAAUGCCUCCUAUUUACAUUGAUAUUUCUUCUUGGAGCUGGAGCCAGACGUUGGGUUUUUAUUCUGUGUUUUUUUUUUAGUCUCUUAUGUCUCUCUUUCUUUCUGUGUCUCUCCCUUCCCCCUUCUGUUUUUCUCUCCUGUCUUUUUCUCGCCGUCUCUCACCCUCUUUCUUUCUCUUGCUCAACCACCCACCCUGCCCCGUUUCUCUCUUGAUCUCUCUCUCCUCUUUCUCCUUCUCUCGCUGGCUCACUCAUCUGCUCCCCCCCCACUCUCUCAUGCACUCUGCUUUUCCUCUUCUCUCUUUUUCUUGCUCUGUCUCUUUCCCCCUCCUUCUCUCUCUCUCUCUCUCUCUCUCUCUCUCUCUCUCUCUCUUCCUUUUAUAUCCUCCUGCUGAAUGCACUUCUCCUUCCUCAACUGUCUUUUUCUUUUCUACUCAUUCUUUUUGCUCUGGGUUCGCUCGGCAGAACCAUUUCUUGCCCAACAUUUUAUCUGUAAUAGUAUCCUAAAUAAGAGGAGUGCAAUUUUCUCUAGGAUUCAGAGAGCCCACAUCUUCUACGCUUGUGUGUGCGCGUGCGUGCGUGCGUGCGUGUGUGAGAUCAAGUUUGAUAUUUUCCCCAAUGAAAACACACACAUUAAAAUCAACAGUGUAGAAGUUGUUUUUCAGUCUUGUAAAAGUCCCUUAAAUUUGAACAGCAGCAGUUUGGGGAGAAUGAGAUUAAGACGUCCAGGACAGAAUCGACACUGUGUAUUUGGAACUUGAAUAAACCCUCUCCCUUUGUCCUCGCAAUACAUUCACACAAGUGGACAAAUGAUUUAGAAGUUAAUUUAGAAAGGAACUAACCGCUGGCAGUAAUGUCAGCGUUAAGGUCAAAGGUUAUGUCCAUCGAGUCUUGGUUAAUAAGUGGCAGUGAUGGUGUGUGUGUUCAGGAUGGGAGGGGGGCUGGGAUCGAGCCAUUCAGGCUUCACAAGAGUAACGCCAAUGGCUCCCAAUCUCAUAGCAGCACCUUUGGAGGCUCAAUGACAGCAACAGAGACAUGAGCUGACUGUCUUUGAGUACAUGCAUGUAGCUUUUGAAAAGAUGAUUUAUUGUGUAGACAUGUUUAGAUUAACCUGGUGCAUAGUAGCUAUCAAUAUUGCAUUCACCUCUUGUGUUUUUUAAAUGUUUUGUGUAUGUUUGCAACAACAUGUUGGAGAACAUUUAGGUUAAAUGCAUGUUUGCAAUUAAGUGUGUUUCGUUAUUUAAAGCAGUUUGUUUAGUUUUGUUCAGUGUUUGCUUACAAUGACCUACAGUACAACACAAUGUAAAACACAGAAGUUGAGUUUUUUGGAACAAAUGCGGUCAAACGCAGUUAAACAAAUUGUGAAGCAUUCGAGCGCAAGGAUGAAACCAAAUAUCAUUACAGCACAUUUGGAACGCCACUUGUCCAAUUAGAUUAGUGGAUCCAGGUGACAAAGUGCACUAUAAUACACUUAAAUGGUCUUAAAGGAAGAGUUUACCUUCAAAACAAAAAACAUCUGUCAUCAUUUAAUCACCCUGUCGUCAUUUUAAACCCUUAUGACAUUCUGUCUUCUGCAGAACACAAAAGAAGAUAUAUUUUGAAGAAUGUUGGUAACAGAACAUUCUGUCCAUACAACAGAAGUCAAUGGGGACCAAAGUUGUGUUUUGCAGAAGAAAGAAAGCCACACGGGUUUAAAAUGACAACAGGGUGAGUAAAUGAUGACAUAAUUUUCAUUUAAUCCUUUAAAGUGCUCCAUUUUCACACACUAAUUUUGUAUAUAAUAAAUAGAAAGUUAGUUUUAAGUACUUAAGAUAAUCAUAAGAAAAUGUAAGCGUACUCAACUGUAUUUUAAAACACCAUGAAUAGAAGUACAAAAAAACACAAUUUGUAGUAUAUUAAGUACAACAUUAAUGUCUGACAAAAGAGCACUUUAAGUAAAUAGUAGUUUAUUUGCACUUUUUAUUCCUGGGUCGAUCAGAAUGUACCGCAAGUUUUUUUCAUUUAUGAUUAUAUAAUUGGGCCUGGACUGGAAAAAUGUUUUUUUUUUGUGUGUAUGCAAAGCGUGUUUAUACAUUUUUUGUGUGUGUAUGCAAAGCGUGUUUUUAAAGCUCAAAGGUUGAAAUCAUAAAACCGUGCCCUUCAAAAAUAUAUUGAAACAACAAAUCUGAUGUGAGCGAACUCAAACAUGCAAUGUGGUUCACAAGCAGAGAAGGAUUAGCUUGUUUUCUGAUUGGUUAAUAAAUAGCAGAUCAAUCCCGGAAAUCGUUGAUUUCUUAAAAAAUCCUUUUCAUAUCUGUUGUCAAAUUUGACAUAUUAUCUGUAGUAUUUUAAACCACCUUUGGGCUGAGAGUUGUCUGGACUACAUCUUUCUUUUAGUCGAGAAAAAGUUAACCACUGUGUUUGUGUUACAUCCCUUUGUCCAUCUUUCAUCACCAUGAAGUGAGGCGGUGUCAUAUACUGGUGAAGGGUUUUAAAUUUCCACACAUAUCACCUGCAAUGGGCUGGAGAAUGUUCGCACAUGUCAUAUACUAACACUCAAGGGUGUUCAAUUCUCCACAGAAGUGAGAACAACCAUGUGCAUGUUCUCUACUAACCCUACAGGUUCCCUCGGUAUCAUAUACAUACUGCCAUAAAAUCCCACACAGACUGAUUCCUUUCUUUCACGUUCUCCUAUUUCUUCUGUUUCAGUGCAAUACACAAACUAUAAGUGUCACUUAGGUAAGGCACCUGAUGUUUGCACACACAUACACAAGAAGAAUGCAGCCGAGAGCGAGUACCUGUCUGUUAAAUCCUGUAGAUGGAUUCUCAAACCACACACAACUCUCCAUUCAUCUCCACAACCUGUAGAGAGCCAAAUGAGCACACGGACACAAUAGCAGAAGGAGGAGCAGGAGGUACCUCUUGUCAGCUGUUAUUCUAAAAUAAUGGAGCAUGGAGUGGAUGCCGGCACUCAGACUGACCCCGUUGUGGUCCUGUCUUUGGCCCAGGCCGCUGUGCUAGGCCUCAUAUCUCAGAAUGAAAUUUUCGGAGCCACCAUUGCCCCAAAAGGCUUCUGCAAGGGGAUGACGCGCGACGGUCCCCCUCCCCCUGUGGAAGCUAUGGAGUACGAAUAUUCAGAUCAGCUGAUCGGAGCCAACGGAGACUAUCUAUCCGAGCCUCAUAGGAGGCCGGAAGGACUUCACGGGUCAGAGCGGAGGCGCCCUGGUCCCCGAGGGAGGACCAAGAGGCCCCUUAGUGAGGGAGAACCAUAGGAAAAGUCCCUGGACACACCGAAUCCGGUGAAAGGAGAGAGAACUGAGUUUUCAUGUCCCUGUUAUCUCUCAAAUCCACAACAAACAGACAGCGAGCCAGAGGUAUUGGAUCUAACGCCCAACAGAGUGCCAGUGAAAGAGGAGAACUGUACCAAAGGCUACCCUGAAUCCUCAAGAGAACCAAGCGACCAACAGGUUGAUGCCAAUUCUGAAGCUAACGCUAAGCCAAGCACUGUCGGGCCUGCAAAUGCAUUGCCAAUGUCUUCUGGGGAAGAACAAGGAAAGGAGGAACGUGAGGAGGAGAGAGCUCUGAAUCUGAAAACUACGGAAGAUGUGACGCCGGUGAUGAGGCGCUACUAUGAGUCCAGCGUGAUCGGGUAUGAAGCUGCUGAGAUGAGCAUGCCAGGAGACUACGAGGAGGGGGGGCAGUCCAUGGUUUGGACAGAUGCCGAGAGCUCUGUGGGUCGACGGAUGCAAAUUGAUCGGCUGGACAUCAACGUGCAGAUUGACGAGUCGUACUGCGUAGAUGUGGGAGAAGGACUGAAGCGCUGGAAGUGCCGCAUGUGCGAGAAAUCCUACACCUCGAAAUACAAUCUGGUCACGCACAUCCUCGGCCACAACGGCAUCAAGCCCCACGAGUGUGUGCACUGUGGAAAGCUCUUCAAGCAGCCCAGCCACUUGCAGACGCACCUGCUGACGCACCAGGGUACACGGCCGCACAAGUGCACCGUCUGCAAAAAGGCCUUCACCCAGACUAGCCAUCUCAAACGCCACAUGUUGCAGCACAGCGACAUCAAGCCCUACAGCUGCCGAUUCUGCGGCCGGGGCUUCGCAUACCCCAGCGAACUGCGCACCCACGAGACCAAGCACGAGAGCGGUCACUGUCACGUUUGCACGCAGUGCGGAAUGGAGUUCCCCACCCAAGCCCAUCUCAAGCGGCACCAGGUCAGCCACCAAGGCCCGACCACCUUCCAAUGCAGUGAAUGCCACAAGUCCUUCGCCUACCGGAGCCAGCUUCAGAACCACCUGAUGAAGCACCAGAACGUGAGGCCCUUUGUUUGCUCCGAGUGUGGCAUGGAGUUCGUCCAGAUCCACCACCUGAAGCAACACAUGCUUACACACAAGGUACUGACACAGCAGGCCCUCGAACACAAGGGUAUGAAAGAAUACAAAUGUGAAGUGUGCUCACGAGAAUUCACUCUCUCAGCCAACCUGAAGCGUCACAUGCUGAUCCACACCAGCGUGCGGCCCUUCCAGUGCCACGUCUGCUUCAAGACCUUCGUCCAAAAACAGACGCUUAAAACGCACAUGAUCGUCCAUCUGCCCGUGAAACCGUUUAAGUGCAAGGUGUGCGGCAAGUCCUUCAACAGAAUGUACAACCUGCUGGGUCACAUGCACCUUCACGCCGGCAGCAAACCCUUCAAGUGUCCUUACUGCACCAGCAAGUUCAAUUUGAAGGGCAACCUCAGCCGACACAUGAAGGUGAAACAUGGAAUCCUGGACACCUCCUCUGAAGGACAAGACGUUCUUCCCGAUGCGGAGGGUCAUGAAGAUUAUGAAGCGGAGAGCUUCGAUUACAGCGAGAGGGAAAAUCUAGCCAGCAACAACAGCACAACGACGCAAGACUUGGCGAAACUCGCCAAAAUGGGUUACUAUAACUACACCAAGGUUGCUGCUCGCUACAAUACGGCUUAAGUGGCUGACUGAGACUCUAAAACGUGAUUAAAAGAACAGAAAACCCGAUAGUCAUUUCUGUAGUAUCUUUGGCUUUGACAUGAGCCAAUGAGAGGAAAUAGCCAUCUCGAAGUGGUUGUGCACUGGAAGCCAUUUUGGCUCUGUGAAACAAGUGAUAGAAGGAAAGCUUCAUUUUAACAAGUGUAAUGUGACAUUAGGGUCAUGGAGAAUAGAGGACUGUGCAUACGUACUGUUCAUUUUUUUGAAUGUUCUUUUACUCCUGUCAGAGUGCAGAAGGAUAUCGUUUCUGAGCUGGAUUCUGUGGUAACAGUAUGUAUAGGCAUGAGGCGCCACUUAAUCCAUACAGACAGUCCUCUGCUCUUUACUUGUCAGCUGUCCAUAUGGAGACAUGGAGAAGAUGUGACUUGCUAUUUUAGAACAUUGAUGUUGCUGGUGGUUUUAUUGUCCAGCGAGUUAGAAACCACUGUAUAGGGUUUAACCAAAGCUGACGAAGUGCGAAUAGCUCUCAUUAUACUUUAACUUGAACUUCCCCAACUUUUUGUUAACACACUGUGACUUUUUGUUAAGAUUCCUCCUUUGCAGUUUGUGAUUUGCGAUGUGUGUUGCUUGUAGCUCACAGUGGGAUGUUUCAGUGCCUGGGGAUUUUGCAUUUCUUUUUAAGUUAAUGGUGGGACAGUGUAUGGCCUUCUGAACCUUUUUGUUUUUCUGUAAUUAUUGCAAAGAGUAUUUAUUGUUCAAUGUUAUUUCUCGGCAUUCUCAUGUGUAAAUACAUUGAUAUUAAGACCCAGUGUUCCAGAUGGGCAGAUUUUAUUUCAACAUACAAAUGUUGUUGUCGUUUCGUUUGAAUUUGGGUAUAAUUGCAUUCUUCUCCAAAGUGCUUUUGUGAUGAUUGUUUGGUCAGUCUUACUAAUGGUAAAAUCUGUCUUAAAUCUUUAGUUUGACGAAUGUAAUAAUGCAAAAAUAGAUUUCUCCCUUUAAAAAGUUUAAUAUUUUAGAGCCAUGCACCAGCCAACAAAACUUGUAUAUUUAAUCAAAUCUCUGAAAUUCAGUUAUUUAUAUAUCGCUUUAGUGCUCAAUCCAUUCUUUAUGGCUUACAACUAUGUUCUUUUUUAUAACACUAGCUAACUGUGGGCUAAAUCCAUUUUUAAUUCACAAUGUGGAGACCUUCUCGCAUCAGUUUUUUGGUGCAACAUUCAUUUAAUUCAUAAAUACCCCCCAAAAGAAACGUCUUUCCCAAAGUCACCAAUACUGACUGAAGAGGAUGCACAAAAAGACACCGGACAAAAAUAUUAACUGCCCUUAUGUGUGCAAGAGAGCAUCUCAUCCAUCAUUCCUGCACACAGCUCAGAAGUGAUGAACGACACUCUGCCGACAUGUGACAGGGCUCGAGACCCAGCGGAGAAUGAUUGGGGAAAUUCACCAUGUAUUCUCCAUUUCUCUCUCUGCUUAGCUUCACACUGACAGUACCAUCUAGACAACUCAAAAAUGUUAAUAUGUAACAUGACAGAUUUGGUUUUGCCAUUUUAAACCUAGAUGGGAAUUUUAGUUUGUAUAAGCUUUCAAUUCUUUUGUUGCAAUGCACACAGAUGUGAAUAUGAUGCUGAUAAAUGUGUGUUGAAUGUUGUGCUAUGGACAUCUAUGGACAUUAUUAUAAAUUAAUACAUCUA